AGAGGAGGAUGAACUGAGAGGCUGGACGCCAGCAGCUGUAUGAUACGGGGCAGUUGUUUUUGGAGAUGUCAGUUUAGCCAGUAGACAGGAGAUUCAUUUUACUUCACAUCAGUAUGCUGCUGGCUCUGCUUCUGGUUCUGAGUCUUUGCUCUGAGGCUCGCUCCUCUGAGCCGUCAUCAAUAGCUAUCCAGUUCCGGGUUUGGGAAGAGCAGCCGGCGGGAACCCAGGUCGGCCGGCUGGUGGACGACCUUCGGCAGAGGUACGAAGGUGGUCCUCUGGAGGAUUUCCAGGUGGUAGAACACGGAAAAGCCCUUCCCUUCUCCGUCAGCACUCGAGAUGGGGUUGUCUCCACCCAAGGCCGGCUGGACAGGGAGGAGCUGUGCCGGGGCUCGGACUUGUGUGAGGUGGCCUUCAGCGUCCUCUACAGGAAAAGCGGUGCUGUGAACUGCCUGAGGGUUCAUGUGGAGGUGAUGGACCUGAACGACCACAGUCCCAGCUUCCCCAGUCCUCUGCAGGAAGUGGAGAUCUCAGAGACGGCCAGCCUCAGAAUGCGUAUCCCUCUGGACCGGGCGGUAGAUCCUGAUGCCGGGCCCAACAGCCUCCAGACCUACUCGCUGUCUGUCAACCAACACUUCGCUCUGGAUGUGAUGGUCGGUCCAGAUGGGACAAAACAAGCAGAGCUGGUUGUUAUUAAAGAACUGGAUAGGGAGGUCCAGACCUCUUUCGACCUCACCCUGGUGGCAUGGGAUAAAGGGAACCCCCCCAGAUCUGGAAGUACAUUAGUCCGUGUUAACAUUCAGGACUCAAAUGAUAACAGCCCGACGUUUGAGGACAGCACUCCGACUGUGGAGCUAGCUGAGGAUACAGCCCGUGGGACAAUCAUCAUCAACCUCAAGGCCACUGACCCAGACCAGGGUGCCAACGGGGAGGUGGAGUACUCGCUCAGUAAGCACACACGUACAGAGGUUCAGAGGCUCUUCCACGUGGAUCCACAAAGUGGAGCUGUGAGUCUCAGAGCACCCCUGGACUAUGAAGCCCAGGCCUCUUAUGAAGUGAUCAUACAGGCCCGUGAUCGAGGGCCCAACGCUAUCCCCUCGCACUGCAAACUGCACGUCAAGCUUAGAGAUGUUAACGAUAACGCACCAAGGAUACACAUGACCUGGACUCCACCCAACUCACCUCUGGCGACUGUACUAGAGGGAGCACUAGAGGACACAUUUCUCGCUCUGGUGAUGGUCUCUGAUGCAGAUUCAGGAGAAAAUGGCAAAGUGAGAGCACAUAUUCAGAAAGGAUCCGGCCCUUUCCGCCUUAAACGGAUCCACGGUGACAAUUACAUGAUUGUAACCAAUGGCAGCCUGGAUCGAGAAAAGGUUAUGCAAUAUAACAUCACUCUCCUUGCCCAGGAUUAUGGAGAUCCUCCACUUUCUUGUAUUAAACACCUGCCUGUCCAUGUUCUGGAUGAGAAUGACAACGCCCCAGUGUUCUCCAACUCCCUCUAUAAGACUUCCUUCAAAGAGAACAAUGUUGCUGGCUACCAUGCUCUCAAAGUCGAAGCUCACGAUGUUGACCUGGAGCUCAGUGGAAGAGUGUCCUACUUCAUACAUAACUCCUACGACCUUGAGAGGGAAACACAAUCUUUCUCCAUCCACCCGACUAGUGGUGUUAUAAGCAUCCAGCGCCCUCUGGACUAUGAGGAAUCCAACACCUACUCUUUCAUUGUGGAGGCCAUCGACCACGGUCAUCCACCUCUCACCAGCACCGCGACUGUGCAGGUUGAUAUCGAGGAUGUGAACGACAACUACCCAGUCAUCAAGGAGCCAAAACCCAGAAAGGGUGUGGCCUCUUUAAGUGUACCUGUCAAUGCAGACAAGGGUGAGAUAGUGACGGAGCUGGGGAAUGACUUGGAGGAGGCAUCCAACCAUUUUCAAAUUAAUCAGCCAGUCAGAGAGGGACUUGUUGGAUUCCUUGCGUCCACCAUAAAGGCUGAAGACCCAGACUCAGGGCGCAAUGGAGAACUCCAGUACCUCAUUACUGAUGGAAAUCCCUAUGGACUCUUCUUGCUGGAUCAGGUUACAGGCCAGCUGUUUGUUAACACCACCAAUGCUACUGAGCUAAUCGGGAAAACAUUUAAGGUGGACGUAGCUGUAUCAGACAUGGGCACUCCCAGCCUGGCCACCAAGGUGACUUUGGAGGUGACUUUCAUCAACCUCAAGGACCAUCUGAAGAACUCGUCACCUGGUAACCGUGGACAGCUAAGCUUCACUAUGAUGAUGGCGAUCUGCCUGGGUGCUACAUGCCUGCUACUUCUGUUGGCCAUCGCUUUGGUGACGACGUUCUGCCGCCCUGAGAAACGGGACAACCGAGCUUACAACUGCAGACAGGCUGAAUCAACCUACACCCGCCAUCCUCGGCGCCCCCAGAAGAACAUCAGAAAGUCUGACAUUCAGCUAAUUCCCGUCAUCCGGGGGCGAAAGGAAGAUCCUCCUGAGGAUGACAGUGAAGCGCAGCCACUGGCUCCGCCUCCAGUGAUGUCAGAGGAUCAACAAAAUGAGAGCCAGUAUACAUUAACCCCAUCAGUCAUGAACACAAGCUUUCAUUCCCAAGGUUACCCAGAAGGGGAUGCCACUCAACCUGUCACCCAUCACUGCAGAACCCUUUGGAAACCUGGAAACAUUGAACUUGAUGGCACUUUGCCUCUGACGCCCGCCACAUCUUACCGGACUCUUCGGAAAGCCAGGAACCCUUCAUCGUCCUCUUCAGUCUCACAUUCAAGCACCUUAAAGCGCCAGGCUCGCCCUGAAGGGGAAGAGGCAGAGCAGGCGUGUUCGGGGUCCCAGGCGACUCUCAGGAGGCCGAAGACCUCGGAGGGACGAGGGGGGCAUGAUGCAGAACACCGGCAGAUGCUUCGAAACCUGGUUCGACUCUCCAUGGCUGCAUUUGGGGACUCCAUCGAGCUUUCCUCAGCUUCCCCGGAGGUGCAGCAGAUAUCCCAGCUCCUCUCCCUCCUCCGGCAGGGUCAGCUGCAGCCGAGGCCAAACUUCCGGGGGAACAAAUAUUCUCAUCGCAACGGCAGAUAUGGAGGCCAGGACUGUUCUGAUUGGCAGAGCACCAAAGAUAGUGGACAUGGUGAAAGCGAGGCUGGAGAUGUGGACUGGGAACCAGGAAGAGACUCACCCAUAGACCCACAUCUGGAGGAGGGGCUCAACAACCUGCUCAACAACCCUGACGACGUCUUCUCGGAGGUCAGCGACCCGGCCUGGAUGGCCAGACUCUCUCUCCCGCUCGCUGGCGACUAUCACGACAAUGUUUUUGUCCCCAAUGGGCCGCCGUCCCCUGAUAGUGAGCUCCUUCCCCGGGACGGCCUGGACUCCUCGUCCUUCUCCACCUUUGGUAAAACUCCAGAGAAGGACGGCCCACUGGGCGGGGCCCUCCUGUCUGAGGUCAGCACGCUGUUUGAGAUGCUGAUGACGCAGAAGGCCGACGCCCACCCCGGCCCUCGACCCGACGUCCUGUACCGACUCUCUGCAGCGUAUCGGCGCUCGCUGGGCCUGGACGGCACCGCCACACCUGCUGCAGGCAACGCACCAAGAAGCUCUGGGAACGCUGAGAAGAGGUCGGGCCGAGCUACACCGUCACGACUUUAAUCGAUAAAUGUAACGUCCGUACACUGAACACUGGAAAAGACUGAGAGCUGAGCGAUGCAGGUCCAAACAGGAAGUUACAGAAACUGUUUCUGUGACUGACCGAAAGACGGGAUCUUUGAGGCAUUAACUGAUAAAAUACGUAAAUGAUUUAAAUGACUGCAACUGUAAAUAACGCCAUGAUAAAUCUGUUUUUUGUACAAACAAUACUUCCGGUGUCAAUGCGGCGACAAGAGUAGUGGUCUCAAGGUGUGUUCGCACUGUCUGACGAUUGUGACUCAAAAGCGGGAGUCAAACGAAGAUCGAGUGAAAAUAAAAAAGGCGUUUACACGGUCGCUUUUCAGAGCAGAGGUCGGUGAGCGGCGGGCAAUCAACAAAACAAAAAA